AUGAAGGCUGACCUAAAGGAACAACUACAGUUCCCCCAGGAAAUCGCCCAGACUACCCUCCGGCCAGACAUUGUGAUAUGGUCCAGGAAUCCAAAACGAGUGGUGCUGGUUGAGCUGACAGUCCCAUGGGAGGAACGCAUUGAAGAAUCCCACGAGCUCAAGAGGUCCAAGUACGAAGACUUGGCCCAAUCCUGCAAGUCCAACGGCUGGAACACUCAGGUCUUCCCGAUUGAGGUCGGAUGUCGUGGCUUCCCAUCACAAUCAGUGUGGAGGAUGCUCGGAGCAUUGGGCAUCAAAGGAGCGGCACGAAAGCGCACAGUCCAUGCUCUGGGGAGAACAGCCGAAAGAGCGUCCAGUUGGCUAUGGAUGCUCCGUAGCACACAUGAAUGGCAGCCAAGAAACCCCCCACUACAAAUUGGCUCCCCGACAAAGGACAGGAAGAAGAACCAGGCGAGCUGUUCUCUGGUUGGAGGCCACCGGGAAUCCAGCGGCAAAGACCAGGACGAUCCCAGAAAACCUCACCGCGGCAACUAA